GCAAAACAUGUGAUUUUUAAUAAAAAAAAAAGAUUAUUAAUACAUUUUAUCAUGACUAUUUGUGGGACCAAACCUUCUAUUUGGGUUGACAGAUUACUGGAACUGAUGGAGAUCAAUGUACGGCCCUGUGUGUCUUUUCCUGAAACAGACAGGGUGAGCUGUCUUUUGCAAACGAACUCGCAACAUUAUGUCAGAAGAUCCAAAUAGAAUAACAACCAUGGAGGUGAACACUGCGUUUAUCACAUCCAAGAGGGGGAUCCUGAAAGUUGCAGAGAUGGUCACUCUUUUUGUGGCAUUUGUGUGUUUCGCUGUAGCAUCCAGACCACAGUACAUUGCAGCCACAGUGUUAGAGUUUCUCAUCACUUCCCUACUGCUGUUGCUGUAUGUUUUCAAACUCAACAAGAGGCUGACUUUCUUCUUUUGGCCUCUCAUUGAUGUUUUUAAUUCAAUGUUUGGGUCGGUCUACUUUAUCAUCUUGAGCCUGUUGGCGUCGACUACGUACACUGUCACAGGCACUCUGCUUGGAGGGAUCGUUGGUUUCAUGUCAGCUGGGCUGCUGUGUGCAGACAGCGUCCUGCUUUUGAAGAACAUCACAUUCAACAUGGCAAGAAGUGAAAUGAAUACAGUAUGUGAGAAUUAACUCAUUAAAAUCCUCUACUACUGAGAACUUUCCCUUGAGUUUAUUGUAAGGCUGUUCUGUACAAUACAAUGCAACAUUCCUACCACCUUUCGGUAUGUUUAAUACCAUCUGCAUUCAAAUGUAUUUAUUUCUGAUAUAUGUUUUUUGGAUCUUUUUGUAAUUUGACAUGAAUCUAACGGAAACAACAAAUAUCAAUAAAUAUUUUUUUCUCUGCCUUGUGA